AUGGGAGCUGGGUCAUCGAGUAUUUUAGAUGAUAUUGUUGAAGGAACAAACUUCGAUCGAGAAGAGGCUGAUCGUCUUCGAAAACGAUUCAUGAAACUCGAUAAAGAUAAUUCCGGAACCAUAGAUCGAGAAGAGUUUUUAAGCAUCCCAGCAAUAGCGACAAACCCAUUAGCGUCAAGGUUGAUUGAGAUUUUUGAUGAAGAUGGGGGUGGCGAUGUUGACUUUCAGGAAUUCAUCAGUGGUUUAAGUGCGUUUUCCAGCAAAGGUCAGAAAGAAGAAAAGCUAAGGUUUGCGUUUAAAGUUUAUGAUAUUGAUAGAGAUGGAUAUAUCUCAAAUGGCGAGCUGUUCAUUGUACUGAAAAUGAUGGCGGGGAAUAACUUGAAGGAUGCAGAGCUUCAGCAAAUUGUUGACAAAACCAUUAUGGAAGCGGACAGGGAUGGUGAUGGGAAGAUAUCAUUUGAGGAAUUUAAACAGAUGGUUUCGAAUACCGAUAUUUCUCAAAAUGUCUAUGCCAAAAAGAAGUCAGCCAAAAAUGCUGGAGUUGAAAAGAUAGAUUAUGAUUCUGAGGCUCGAAAGGAGUUUCUCACAGGAUUUCACAAGAGAAAGGUCCAACGAAAAGAAAAGGCUCAAGAAGUUGCAGCAAAGCGGGCCCGUCAAGCACGGAUAGAAGAGCGUAAAAAGCUACGAGAUGAACGAAAGGCAAAAUUGGCGGAAGACUUGAAGAAUUACAGACUUGCAUACCAUAACUCAGGACUUCCAAUUUUGGGAAACACCAAAAAAGACGAAGAUGAAGAUGAGGAAGAUAAUCAAGACAAGACAGAACAUGGAGACGACUCUGAUUACAGUGAUUGGGAAGGUAUUGGAGAAAAGAGUGAAGAAAAGUCUGUUUCGGGAAUUCUCAAAAAGCGGCAGAUUUAUGAAGGUGAUGACAGUGAUGAUGAAUCUGCAACCGUCGUUAUUGAGGAAAUGACGGAGGAUAAUACAAUUAGCACUAAACCUGGAGAUAACUAUGUUUACCCUGAAAUGUCGAAACAAGUGCUUCAAGCCAGCAUUCAAAAAGCUAAGGCAGCUGCUCUUCAAGCAUCUAUUUACGGAUUCCCAGAACCUAGCAUAUAUCGCGACGAGGACGAUCCUCUCGGUUUAAAUGAUGAAGAUAGUGAUGACGAUCAAACGAGCAAAAAGAAGGCGACAAUCGAUGUGAAUAAGGAAUUUAAGAAUAAGAGACAACCUCGGGAAGACAAGAGAAAGAAAAACAAAAACACGCGGUACUUGACUAAAAGCGAGCGCCUGCAAAACGCUCGGCGGGAAAAGAAUAGAAACAAGGAAAAGCGCCAACGUGCAAAAAAUAGAAAAUAA